AUGGGGGCUUCUCCAAGGUCAUGCAUUAGAGCUUCCUCCUGUACUUCGCUUUUCUUCUUGGGAGCUUUAUGGUUGCUGUCGACCGUGAUGAGCAUUGCGCACGCGUGCCCAAAAGGCUGCCAUUGCGCUGACAGGAAUGGCGCGGUGGUGCAGUGUACCUCGCGUAACCUGGAGAACAUCCCCCCAAAUUUACCUAAAGACACCGUGGUUCUCCUGCUCUCAUCCAACCGCAUCCGACACGUCCCCAAGGAGGCCUUUGCGGACCUCCACCGCCUCAGGGAGCUCGACUUAUCCCACAACCUCAUCGAAAGCUUGGAGGUGGGUGCCUUCCAGGGAAUUUCCGAGGGCUUGAGGACCUUGGACCUUUCAAACAACCAUCUCAGCAGCCUACCCAAGGAAACUUUCUCCAAGCUGCAUGCCCGCGUGCGCUUGUCCGACAACCCCUGGCACUGCGAGUGCUCCUUGCAGGAGGUGCUGAGGGAGCUCAGGCUCGACCCCGAGACGGUCAACGAGGUGAGCUGCUACACGUCCGUGCAGGAGGAGUACGUGGGGAAGCCGGUGAUCCAGGUCCUGGACUCGGGGAUCAACUUUUGCAACUUCCACCAGAAGACAACGGACGUGGCUAUGUUUGUAGCCAUGUUCUGCUGGUUCUCCAUGGUGACAGCUUACAUCAUCUACUACAUCAGGCACAACCAGGAGGAUGCGAGGAGGCACAUGGAGUACCUCAAGUCCCUGCCCAGCAGCUCCCAUAUCAGCAAGGACUACGAUACGGCCAGCAGUGUCUUUUAGAAGAUGCAGCAAUGAAUAGAGAUAAGACGGCAUUGAUGCAUAUAGAUGAAGAGCAAGCAGGGAAUAUAUUUGUGGCUUAGAAGUAAGCGAUGAAAACCUGCUCUCUAACAUCAGGCUGCACAACGCGUGUCAAAAGUCGCAUCAAAAAAGCAACAACAAUAAUUCUUUGGAAGGAAAAAUUGUUAAAAUGCUGAAGGUUCUGUCAGUUCCCUUCCAAGAGAACCACUGAGGUCAGACUUUAUUUGAAUGGUGAAUCAAGUCAAGCUUUUAAGGAAAAAGAAGAGAAAUUCCACUCUGUGAAGUGAAGUUAUGUGAAAUAGAGGUAUGUAAUGGAAUGUGUAUAUCGAGGCGCUGCGCGUGGAACCAGGAUCUAGGCCAGUGGUUCUCAAAUGGGUUUGGCCACGGGACCCACCAUGGCCCCUUCAUGACGAGCGGGGAAAUUGACGAAAUUUGUCAAAUUUCUCACUGCAUCCUUUCCAUGUUCUACCCCUACCCGUCCAGCUGGAAAGUUGUCCAGAAACACAUCAUGCACCUCGCAAGCGAAUAGGACAGACAACAAUUCGAGAUGCAAUCACGGGCAUUGUGUCGUACAAUAAGGGUCCUCGACCCACCAGUUGAGAAUCACUGUGCAGCCCAGCCUUUGGCUAGUGGGAGUCGUGGCUAGCGAUAGUGCCAAGUAGAAUCCAGAGCCUGGAGGGGCCUCUUUCGUCACUAAAGCCUCCUGUUUUUGAACACUUUGCCUCCAAAAACCUAAGUAAUUUUAUAUUUGCAAUUUGUCCCCUGGCUGUACCCAAAAUGAACUAAACGGUGACCUUAAACCCAGUGUACGAGCUGAACCGUGAUUACGGCGUAUCGCAGAGGUUACCGACCUUUUUGAGACCAAGAUUCCUGGUCUCGGACUUUGGCUAGCGGGAGUUAUGGCUAGGGAUAGUGCCAAGCAGAAUACAGAAGAGGAGACCCUCUUCCGUCAUUAAAGUCUCCUGGUUUUAGACAAUUCAUUUUAUUUUUGCAAUUUGUCCCCGACUGUACUCAAAAUGAACCGAACCGUGACCUUAAACCCAAUGUUAGAACCAAAUCAUGAUUAUGGCGUAUCGCAAUGGUCACCAACCUUUUUGAGCCCAAGAUCCCUGGUCUCGGCCUUUGGCUAGCGGGAGUCGUGGUUAGCCAUAGUUCCACAGAGAAUCCAGAGCGUAGAGACCCGUUUCUGUCAUUAAAGUCUCCCGUUUUUGAAACCUUUUCCUCCAAAAAGCUAAGCAGUUUUAUGUUUGCAAUUUGUCCCCUGACCUUCCCCAAAAUGAACUAACCCAUGACCUUAAACUCAACGUACGAACCAAACUGUGAUAACGCCGUAUCACCAUACACAACAAUCGGGUAAGUCCCAAAGAUCAAAUGGUUAAUGGCGAUCGACCAGUCGGCGAGCCCUAGCGUAUCGUUAUCAUUACAAUUGAGAGUGUCAACUUUAUUCUCCUUAAGAUUUUCUUCUUACACUGCAACCCUUGUUAUUCACGAUACAAUGAUUGGCGGCAUAACUUUUACAUGUUUCGAAUCUGGCAUAAACAUUCUAUGCCAGGGUCACCAACCUUUUUGAGACCAAGAUCGCUGGUCUCAGCCGGGAACAUGAGAAGAUCGACCUCCCCCCCCGCCCAACCAGGAUAUACAGAUCUACAGUACCGGUAUAUACACUGUAUAUUUAUUUAUUUCGUAGAAAGUAAAGUAAAAAGUGAUAGAUAUUUAAAGCUUUGUCUUUAAAUACAAAGCUUUUGUGUUAUGAUUGGUUGUUGGCAUCAACAUUUCAGUUUUUUCUCAUUGUGCUUUUUUCUCUUUUUUUUACCAUUUUUGCUGUUUUUUACAUUUUAUUUAGUUGUAGCAUGGGCUGUAUGAGCAAACUACACCUCGGCUUGUUGGCUCAGUGUCUUGGGCGAGCGAGGGUGAAGAGAGAGAGACUGGUCCAUGCAGCCCUAACGAGCCGCAACACAAAGGUUUUUUUGGAGGUGCACGUCUAUGGAGUAAUAUUUGUGCCUUAAUUUUAAGGCAGCAAAGGCAGAUUUGGAGCCAUAUUAAGAUGCAAUAACUACUGUUAUGUGCUCAGGCACAUCGCUGUGCUCUGUCACUCACUCUCUCUCCCUCGCUUAACCUCGUGGUGUACAUGCACUGAUACCUCUGGCCGGGUUUUGGAGACUAGCUUGCGGGUUGUGUGCCUGGAGGGUAGCAAGGCGUAUGGGCGGGAGGGCACUGAUGUAAUAACACAUUUUUUUUUCCCAAUAUUCUCGCGAUCGACCAACAAAGUCCCAAAGAUCGACCAGUAGCUCGCGAUCGCCGGGUUGGCGACCCCUGCUCUAUGCAGUUGUUUUGGGCCACGACCACUGGGGGGCCCACAGAUCAGAAAGGCUCUGUUUAUAUUUUAAAUGUUUUCAAUUUGAGUAGCAGCUUAUGAAAUCAAACCCUUGCACAGUGAAACCUCGGUUAGAUUGUUCAAAAAUUUCAGUGAAAAUUUUGCCUCGAUUUGCAUACAUUUUGUGGUUACCUUACAAUAUGGAGCAUGUCUUGUCGUGUUAUUAAUACACUGCGUGAGUCCAACUGUGUUCUUAGUGUGGUUUUAUCACAAAACCUGUCACGAUCCAUGAGUUAGCCUGCGUGACAGUUUAGUUUGUUUCCACUCUUAUGCCUUAGUUCCUGUUUUGUGCUUUUAUUUUGUAGUACUUCCUAUUUUUACAUGUUUUGUGUUUUGUGCUUUGCUUUUCUGUUCCAACGCACCUGCCUUUCAUGUGUGUGUGAUUAUUUAGUUGAGCCGUUGGCAUCGCUCGUGUGUUGGAGCAUCAAUGCUUGUUACUUCGUUUUUGUGGAUUAGCCAACAUAGUUCAAAUAAACUUUUACCUGCAUUCUCAUCUCACGCAUCCCGGAGUCGUCGCCACAACAUCACAAUGCCCAAUCGUGACAAAACCUUCAAGUUAGCAGCCUGUUAGUUUGCUAAUGAAGGCAAAGCUUUGCUGUACAUUUUUUAUGCUAACCUAAAAACACGCUAACCGAAGCGCCACUGCGUACAUGUUUUACACUACAACCAGUUAACGUACGAAAUGUAUGAUUUAUUAGGUUAAGCUAUUCAUGUGAACAUGUUGAAAAUGUACUGUUAUCGCGUUAUCUACUAACAUAUUAGUUCGAUAGCUGCAUAGCCAGGUGAAAGCCACACUACCGUGCUAAAUGACGCACGGCUCUGUGUUUCAGCUUUUUUUCCAAAUAUUUCAACUUUCUUCUUGUAAAUUCUCUUCUUCUAAUUAUGACUUUAUUCCCAUCAUAUUUUGACUUU